UCUCACUAAAUAUUGACUUAGGAAAAUAUCAAAGCUUCUUGCUUUGCUCCUGUAUUGUAUGAAAAGUUCUUUAUUUUUGUACUGCUGGUAUUUUUGUGUUAUCCACCUCUCUCUUUCCCACCUUCAUGUUAUUUUCUCCAUGAGCCACAUGCUGAAUGCAGCCAAGAGAGUGGGUAGGUGACCUGUGCCAAAGCGACUGCCAGUGCAGCUCUGAGCUGGCCAAUCAGAGGCAAUCAUCAGCCAACUGUUUCUCUAUGUCCCAGAAGCUGGAUGGCAUCUCAACAGAGGCAAGGUUCGAAUGCAAAGGAUGGAGCGCCAUCAGCCAAAAAAUGCAGGAAGCUUUUGCCCAGUUUGAAGACGAAGAAACCCCAGGACUUGGUGUUGGUGAUUGGAACCGGUGUGAGCGCUGCUGUAGCACCACAGGUCCCCGCACUCAAAUCCUGGAAAGGACUCAUUCAGGCUUUGCUAGAUGCUGCUAAUGACUUUGACCUCCUUGAGGAGGAGGAGAACAAAAGAUUCCAAAAAUCCCUCCAUGAAGAUAAGAAUCUUGUGCAUGUGGCACAUGACUUGAUACAGAAACUUUCACCACGCACUAGCAAUGUUCGAUCAACCUUCUUCAAGGACUGUUUGUAUGAGGUUUUCGAUGACCUCGAAUCCAAGAUGGAUGAUGUUGGGAAGCACCUUUUGCAAUCAGUCCUGAAGCUGAUGGAAAAUGGAACCCUGGUUUUAACCACCAACUUUGACAAUCUUGUUGAAAUCUACGGAGCUCACCAAGGAACGCAAUUAGAGUCCUUAGACCUCACGGAUGAGAAAAAGGUACUUGAAUGGGCACAGGAGAAAAGAAGAUUGAGUGUGUUACACAUCCAUGGCGUUUACACUAACCCUAGUGGGAUUGUUCUACAUCCUUUGGGCUACCAGAAUGUGUUGCGUAAUACAGAAGUAAUGAGGGAAAUUCAGAAGCUGUAUGAAACUAAGGCCUUCGUCUUCCUCGGCUGUGGUCGGACAGUUGAGGACACGACGUUCCAGUCGCUCUUCCUGGAAGCAGUGAGGAACAAGUCUGACUUGGAACACUUCAUGCUGGUGCGCAGGGAUGAUGUGGAUGAGUUUAAAAAGCUUCGUGAAAACAUGCUGGAUAAAGGGAUUAAAGUGAUCUCUUAUGGGGAUCAUUACUACGAUCUGCCAGAAUACCUUGAACGGUUAACCAACACCAUCUGUUCAUUAGGUAGGCAAGGAACAUCCAAUGUUGACAAUGUAUUCAAGAAUGGCCCUUUUACAGUGAAUAGCCAAGGCCAGAGAAUGGAAACAGAUGAUGAGAUAAAGCUGGGGAGAUGAGUUCUUGCCUUUCAUAAGACUGACUGUUGAAAUAUAGGCCAGACAUGGAUGAGAAUGGUACAGGGGGAUGUACAAUAACUGACAGCCACUGAGGAGGCCAAAACUUGGUACCAGCACUGACAGUGAAAGCACAUGUUGAAAGGAAUGUCUCACCUCGCUGUAUUUGCAAACACUCCAUUUUCUUCACUUCUAAGUCAAACUUCAGUUUUUAAAGUCGCCGAUCUCGCCUUUGGUUUUUUUGCUCUUUAAAGUGAGCUGGAUCUUAUAGACUUCAACUGAGUUCUUCUCCCAUACUUGUCGACUCGUGCAAUUGUACAGUCCCAGUUUGAUGUAGAAAUUUUGUACUGUUAAUGACUGACUUCUGUACAGAUUAUUUUAUCAUUAAAAAUGAUUAAUGAUA